GAGAAUGAUUAAACCCAUUUAAUCCACCUUUCAAGUUUUCAUUGGCUGUAGAGUUUGUGUUUGUGUGAUAAUUAGUUCAGGGAAUCACAUGGCACUGAACGUUUGGGUGUCUUAGAUAAAUGAAGGAGAGAGUGAAUGAGUUUCAGCGACUCACUGAGCUUUAGAGAGAGAAAGCGAGCGAGUAUUCUUAGAGAGAGAAAGCGAGCGAGCGCUCGAAGAGAGAGAGAGGAAUUUUAAUUAAAAGAGUUGUUCUGCUAUAUGCUUAGUUAGAUACAGAGAUAGAUACAGAGAGAGAUUUAAGAGAGAGAGAGAGAGAGAGAGAGAGAGAGAGGGGAGGGGUUUCAGAGAGAGAAAGUAGAAAUGGAGGAUAUAGAGGAAGAAGUGGAGGAGGUGCUGGGAUCGAGCUUGACGAUGGAGAAAGUGGCGGCAGCAAAGCAGUUUAUAGAGAAUCACUAUAGAGCUCAAAUGAAGACUAUUAAAGAGCGAAAAGAAAGACGAUGGGUGUUAGAAAGAAAGCUAGCUUCUUCUGACGUUCCCAAGGAGGAGCAGAUGAACCUGAUUAAAGACUUAGAAAGAAAAGAAACAGAGUUCAUGCGACUUAAAAGGCACAAGAUAUGUGUUGAUGAUUUUGAGCUUCUGACCAUCAUUGGAAGGGGAGCCUUUGGUGAGGUUCGAUUGUGUCGGGAGAAGAAAUCUGGCAAUAUUUAUGCCAUGAAAAAGUUGAAGAAAUCUGAAAUGCUAAAGAGAGGACAGGUGGAACAUGUUAGAGCUGAACGGAACUUGCUGGCAGAAGUUGCAAGCCACUGCAUUGUCAAACUGUAUUACUCAUUUCAGGAUGCUGAGUAUCUAUAUCUGAUUAUGGAAUAUCUGCCUGGUGGUGAUAUGAUGACUCUGCUGAUAAGGGAGGAUACCUUAACUGAAAAUGUGGCUAAGUUUUACAUUGCUCAAAGUAUCCUUGCCAUCGAGUCGAUUCACAAACAUAAUUACAUUCACAGAGAUAUUAAACCUGAUAACCUUCUUCUGGACAAAAAUGGCCACAUGAAGCUAUCAGAUUUUGGCCUGUGUAAGCCUCUUGAUUGUGCAACUUUAUCCGUGAUCCAUGAAAAUAAAACAAUUGAUGAUGAAAAUAUGACUGAACCAAUGGAUAUCGAUGGAGGUAUUGCCGAUGCGGACAAUAAAAGUAGUUGGAGAAGCCCCCAUGAACAGCUUCAGCAUUGGCAGAUGAACAGAAGGAAGUUGGCAUUUUCAACUGUGGGAACGCCAGAUUACAUUGCUCCUGAAGUUUUACUCAAGAAAGGCUAUGGCAUGGAGUGUGACUGGUGGUCACUAGGAGCAAUACUGUAUGAAAUGCUUGUUGGCUACCCUCCUUUUUACUCAGAUGAUCCAAUAACUACCUGCAGAAAGAUUGUUCAUUGGAGAAAUCACCUUAAAUUUCCAGAAGAUGCAAGGUUGUCACUUGAAGCAAAGGAUCUCAUUUGUAGGCUCUUGUGUGAUGUUGAGCAUAGACUAGGUACUGGGGGAGCAAAUCAAAUUAAAGCUCAUCCUUGGUUCAAUGAUGUUGCAUGGGAAAAACUCUAUGAGAUGGAGGCAGCAUUUAAACCAGAAGUCAAUGGAGAACUAGACACUCGGAACUUUAUGAAGUUUGAUGAAUCAGAUCCUCCAGCAGCAGCAAGAACUAGCUCAGGCUCACGGAAGAUGCUUUUGACUCCCAAAGAUCUAAGUUUCGUUGGCUAUACAUACAAGAAUUUUGAUGCUGUUAAAGGACGGCAUCAUUUCGAUCCCAGAGGUAGUAUGUCACCACAACGGCCAUCCAUCAAUUCUAUAUUCAGUGAUUCUGGGGCAGAUUAUACUACCAAACAGCCAGCCGAAGGAACAGAGGUGGAAAUGCUUGCAUCAUCAGGUGAUCUAAUGUUACCAUAAUAAGAAAACAUGGAAAACCUGCAAUGUGGAUGUCAAGCAUGCCUACUUCAAGUUAGUUUUUCCCCCAAAAUCUAGAUCUCCCAUGGGUCGGCUGCCACACAACUUCCAGAAUCACUGCUUAAGUGUACAGCAGUAAUUAAGAAACUUAUAAAGCCCGCUGGUGGGUUAACUGGCAGGACAAGUGAUUAUUGCCAAAAAGGCUCUGUAAUAGAUUUAGAGCAGAAACUGAUGCCUUGGCUGCCCAGGUAGGCUGCUGUAACACUUGCCUUCUCUAGUGGCAGUUUCUGGUCAAAUUUUAAUUGAAAACAGACUACCAAGAAACUCAAUAGCCGGUUUAAUGAACCGCCCCUUAUUAUCAUGUUUGUGUUAUGUGUAAGCUUUUAUGCAAAAAAAUGAAAUAUUAGCAGUGGAGAAACUGAUUGAGAAGCA